AUGAAAGAUAAUUAUGGAUAUGGAAGUGGUAGUGGCUUUGGAUAUGGGUCUGGAAGUGGUAGUGGCUUCGGCUCAGGUUCUGGCGUAGGAAUUGGGUAUGGUUCAGGUGGCGAUAGUGGUGGACCAGGUUACCCGCCAGGAUGGCAAGUGGUGUGGCCCGGUCUUGUACCUGUAGGUGGACGUGUGCAAAGACAAGGACCACCUGUUCCUGGAACCGGUGUCGGGUCUGGCUCAAGAGGUGGAAAUGGUGAAGGUGGUAGCCAUGUUCCAGGUGGAUAUGGACAGGUUCCGAUUUAUGGAGCUGGAGGUGGAAUGGGAUCAGGCAAUGGUGGAGGUAAUUGCUGCGGUUGGCGAGGUGGCUAUGGCUCUGGCUGGUGUCCAUUAUGGUUUUCCUCCCGGAAUGCGCUACCAGUGAUGGGAGGUCCAUUGCCACCAUUUUGGAGAUUCACUUCCCAUCAAAAUGCAGAAGCAGAAGCACAUCGUCAGAUGGGCGCCACUGAAGGAUCAGAAGGCGAUGCAGCUACGGAGGGAGCUCUCUCAAGUGUCGUACAUUAUGAAAACGAGACAGAUGGUUCCAGGGUACUCUUUGAUAGUGCUGGUGGGCCGGUGGCUGCCCAAGGUGUUGAGAUUGAUGAUGAAGACCUUCGUGAUCAGAUGGAGCUUAUUCGCGCCAUUAAUGAAUAG